GUCGAUGUUAUUUGACGUGAGGCAACUCAUAACCGAAGUAGGAGAGACUGUUGUAGGAUAAUUCGACAUCAGAUUGAUAAGAUGGGAUCCAUAAUUACUUCGAUAAACAACGGUGACGACGACAGCAAUGUCGAAUAUAAAAAGUUUUACUUCGUCCAUGAUCUUCAUGAUGACGCAAUUUAUACUCUGAAAAUCACACCGACGUCCGUCAGAAACAGGCUUACAGAGCGUCUCAUGUACGAAACAAUAGGCGAUGCUCCAUUCAUAGCCAAGCUGCAUUACGCCUUCGAGACUGAAUCGAAAAAUUUUCUUUUACUAGACUACCUUCCUGGCGACACUUUGUCCAGCAUCUUGCGGAAUAUUGUGUUGCUUACAGAGGAUGAGGUUAGAUAUUAUAUAGCAGAAAUCGUCCUGGCGGUAGAGCAUCUCCACAAGAUACAAAUAAUUCAUCGAGAUUUAAAACCGGACAACAUUCUAUUGGAUGCUAAUGGUCACAUUGCGGUCGCAAACUUUGGAUCAAGUGUAAGAUUCCGCCCAAGGAAUAAGGUCAAACCUUCAAAAACAUUCCGUGGGACCGAACCAUAUGUGGCUCCUGAAAUUGUCGAAUUCCAGAGUUAUAACAAGGCUGUGGACUGGUGGAGUGUCGGCGUAAUAACGUACCAGCUACUGACUGGAGAAGUUUUCUUUGAAGCUAUGGAUGGCAGGAAAAUGAAGAUGCUCUAUAAGAAGUUUCAGAAUCAUGCACGGAUAAAACAAAUGAAAUUCUCCCCAGAAGUGACAGAUUUUAUCACCAGAUUAUUAACAAAAGAUCCAAGGGAACGUUUGGGUGCAUUGAAAUAUGGUACUCAGAGGAUCAAGGCACAUCCCUUCUUUUACGGCAUCAACUGGGAAGAUGUCGCACAAAAAACCACUGUCAUGCCAUUUGUGCCAUCUCCUCCAGAUGCGAAAGAUGUCUGCUUAGUUGACGAAAAUUACAGGAACAAAUUUUAUCCUCAGUCAUCAACAACCACUCAGCCGAAGAAGUGUAGUAAAACUGCUAAGAAACUGAAACCUAUCCUGAAGAAGCGUGAGGAACCUCAACGUAAACGUAAAACUGCCGCUACUAAACAAGGAGGUACAGAUGAUGUGUGCCGAUAUAACCUAAGAAAAAGAAGAAGAAAAACUGAUUCUUCUAUCAAUAUGUCACAAAAGAAAAGACGGUAAAAUGAGCCAGAGAAAUAUGUAAGGCCUCUUAAAAGGCGUUGUUCUGCACAGCACAUGACAGUGACAAAGAAAACAUAGAAAGAGCUUCCUAACCGAAGACAACUUAAAAGAAGAUAUUAAACCGACAGAAAAAGACAAAAUUUGCUGAUACAGUACAGCCAGCCCAUCCAAUCCCAGCAAAACGAAGGAAGAAAAAAAAGAAGAAGAACUAGAUGCCCGUUUCACUGUAUAACGUCAGCCUUUUUGGAUCAGCCAACAAUGAAUUCUGAAGGUUUUGCAACGUUUCAGCAAACACUGUACUUGCCAUCUUUGUAUUCAGCGUGCUCCAACAACCAAUAAUUGGCAACUGAAGAGCGUUCGAAAAUGAAUAAAUGCACGUGACAACGCGUCUAGAAAACACGUGACACUCUCCCAAACUCUGGUGGCUGGAAGCCCUCAGCGCUGGUUCGAGGUAACAACAAAUGGCGAAGAUGACUGUCUUCUGGGUUCUUGCGCCGUGUAGUCUGAUAGAAGUUUACCGACGUUUCAGA